CUCUUGGGGCGUCUUUCCGUGAGGCGCUCCAGUUUACUAAAAUGAAUUGUUUAAAUAAAUGUGCGCGUCUGUGUAGGUUGUUACUAAGCGACGUCGCUGCUAAAUCAUCUGUGAUUAGGUCUACAACUCCCAGGAUCGCACAAUCACCCUGUGGCGCGUCUCUGCACACAUCAUGCGUUCAACGAGGCCUGAUGGAGUUUUUCGAGCCCAAAGAUAACUGGGGUGCCGACGAAGUUCGGUCAGGAAAGUCAUGGAGCAAGGAUGAGCUGCGAAUCAAGAGCAACUCGGAUCUUCACAAACUUUGGUACAUCCUGCUGAAAGAAAAGAACAUGCUCCUCACCAUGGAAGAGGCCGCGAAGCGUGAAGUGGAGCUCUUCCCAAACCCUGAGCGCAUCGACAAGGUUAAGGAGAGCAUGAACAACCUGGAGGAGGUGGUGCGGGAGCGCAACGAGGCUUACCACUUGCUCGAGAUAGGAGAGUCCGGAGAGCAGCCGUGGGUCCCCAAAGAAAACAUCUAUGGCUUCGUGCGCGACUUUGCCCUGAAGGAGCACUUGAUGCCACGCACGUGCAACCCCAAGGGCUACUUCCGGCUCUGGCGAGACAAGGACCUGAACGACUUCCUCCGGUUGUACCGUGAGAAGAUGCAGAAGCGCAAAGAGUUUUUUCACCGCACGAGCAGGAACCGGAUAAUGCAGAUCAUCAAGCGCUUUCCACAUGUGGACCGUUCUUUGCUACGCGAUAUGUAUCCAGACGUGGACAUUGACAAGCUCGAGAAGAUUAUGCAGGAAAAGAUUUACAUCGCCUACGAACAGCAGACCACGUGAACUCACUUCCCAAUUUGGUAGUGUGGAGAUGUCAACUGAAGUUAACAUACUAUUGAACUUAUAUUAAAAAAAAAUUGUGUGAAUAACAA